GCGUAUUAAAGGGGAGUGUUGGGGCGGGCGGCUUGGCCCUGGCAGCGUCCCUGCAGCAUGGCGGGGCCAGGGGGUGAAGGGGACCUGCGACACCUGCUGAAGCUGCACCGCACCGAGAUCGCCAUGGCGGUGGACGAUGUCUUCCCGCUGCUGCACGGCCUGGCCGACCACGACAUCGUCCCUGAGCACAUCUUCAAGGAGACGCUGAGCCGGACGGAGCAGGAGGGCUCCCACCGUGCUUUCCACGCACUGCUCACCUGGCUGCUGGGCCGCGACGCUGCUGCCAUCCAUGACUUCUGGGCCGUCCUCUUCAAGGACUACAACCUGGAGCGGUACACCAGGCUCCGGCCCCUCCGUGGCGCCUUCCCCAGAGAGGUGGAACUGGGGCGGCAGCGCCGCAGCAGGCGCCUGUCCCCCAGCCCCAUGGCACCGGCUCCACACAGACCCCAAGGCAAGAGGAAAGCCCCCGAGGAGUGGGACGGCGGACGGGCGGUGCAGCCCUCCCCGCGGCACACCACCAGCCCCGGUCCUCACAACCCUGCAGGGCCCCUGGCAAAGGCGAGAACCCUGAAGAAGCCGGAGAGCACAGAUGCUCCCCACACCCCUCGUGCUGGUGCCCUGCAGGCAGUGGCCACCUCAGUGCAGAGAGCAGUGGCCGUGGCCGGCAGUGAGGUGCCCGUCACCCGUGGAGCCGUCGAGGGCAUCCUCAUCAAACACAUGCUGGAGCCAGGCAGCUCCAAGAUGGGCAGCAAAGCUGGGGACGAGCCAUACGCCCUGGCCGCCUGCGAGGAGCCGGGGGCCAGGAGCAGAAGCCGCAGCCUGAAGCCCCCCACCCGGCCCAAGGCAUCCCAAAGUCUGCCUCGUGGCAAGGGAAUUAUCCCUGCCUGGCAGCACGGCCAUGGUCUGGGGGUGCCCCCCGUGCCCGGCUGUCCCAGCAGCUUCCCCCCAACCCCUCUCUUGUCUCACCGGCAGAGUGGGGAGCCCCAACCACUCCCCCAGAGCCAGCUGUCAGCACCCACCGUGCCCAGCCAGGACCCCGUGCCCCACCAGUGGGUGCGCCGGGGGCCAUCAGGGCGUCCCUGGCACAUCUCUUUGGCCUGGCCAAGAACAGGCAAGCCACAGUCACCAGGCUACAACUGCCCAAAACCAGGCAAUUCCUGCCCUGAAAGGGGUUGGUUUGAGUGGUGCGGGGUGAAUGACGCAGGGGGAGAGGGUGACGGGGUUGAACAGACUAUGGGGUCCCCUGCCAGCAUGAGCCCUGCCACAGCCAGCAUUGCAGCCUGCAGGAGGGGUGGUGGCAGUGACCCCCCCCCGCCUGCUCCCCCGGGGCAGGAAAACGAGGAUGAGUGUGCAGCGUGCGGUGAUGGUGGUGAGCUCAUCUGCUGCGAUGGCUGCCCCAGGGCUUUCCACCUUGCCUGCCUGGUGCCCCCGCUGCCACGUGUCCCCAGCGGGACGUGGCGGUGCGGCUCCUGUGUGGCGAGCAUGGCUGAGCCAGGCCAGCUGCGGGAGGUGGAUGCGGAGCGACUCCCCAAGAUCCCGGGGGAGGAGGCGUGCAGCACCCGGCAGAGCGGAGGAGAUGGGAGCAUCUGCGGCCGCUGCUUCACCCAGAUCCCUGCAUCCCAACACUGCCCCACGCCCAGUGGGGACUCCGGGGUGCUGCUGCUCUGCACGUCCUGCACCAGCAGCCGGGACACAGACAGACUGGAGAGAACUGGGGCGACCGGAGACCACUCAAUACGGGCAGCAAAGGUCAGUACAACCAGAGCCUGGCCCCGGAGAAGCGAAAGGGGCCAGGCAGAGGAAGUCUCCCAUGGCAGCGAGCCGGUGCUGAGCAGGGACGAGCUCGAUGCGCUCCUGGGUGAGGGUACCUGGGACGGGAUCCUGCAGUGGGCGUUCCAGAGCAUGUCGCGGCCCCUCGCAGACACCCAUGGGCUCUUCAACUAG